AUGCCAAAAGGCGGAUUACCGGAAGAGAUUCUAAAAAAAGUUCAAAAUCGUGAUUAUUGGGAGCAACCCCAUACCAAAUGGGGAGAUACAAAUACGUGGGAUCUCUUCUUCAUUAAAAAAAACCCCGAGGCAACAAGGCAAAUUUCACAUAACAACUUGGGUGCUGAAUUAGAAAUUUUGACUCGGAAUCUAAAAACUGGCACAAGAGCAGCUAAAAAGGCAUUAGCUAUACAGCGUGAUUUGAAGGUCAGUAGAUUAAUGAGUGUGCUACGCCCCGUUCUACUGGUAUGGGGAAGAAGAGCGCUCAGUCCUAUGAGCUGUACCCCGCGACUACUGGUCGAGUUGAGGCCAGUUUUGGCCGAGAAAAAUGGAAAACGCCUUGAAGAUCUACCUUCUUAUGACGAACAAUCACACAACAUCGAAGACGAGGAUGAGUCUAAUUCACAAACAUAUUCAACCGUUGAGGAACUAACAUUUGAUCCGCAUAUUGCCACAUUACUCCUACCAUAUAGGAGAGUUCUUGAAGAAAUGCGGAAUCAUCACAUAGAACCAGAAUCACAACGAGCCCGACACUUGUCUCACAUGCUUAAAUGGUCCGUUAUAGACCAUUCUCUGUUUAAUAAAUUCGAAUUUGAUAUUGUCAGCUUACCAAGACCGGCUGUUAACAUGUCUUUAUUGGAAUCUAUCCUUAUGGAGAACCAGAAUAAACGGUUUCAUCAUGUUGUUACAAUUUUACAUAGUUUAAUUACUAAAGAAAUUGUAGAUAAUGUAAAUUUUAGCUUUAGAAGAUGGACAGCAAGGUUAUGGGGAGUUCGUAUGAAGGAACACUACAUCAUUGAUACAGUAACGGCAUUGGCAGCAAUCACUUCAGUCAUUUCCUACACAUCUAUACCCUGUCGAGGCCCAGGGAGUAAACCGUCAGAAAACCACAUAAAAGCACAAAUGUGGGCCAAAAUCUUUUCAGAUACAUUUCUUGCUAAUUCAGAUGAUACUGAUGUGAAUUGGGAGUAUCAUCACCAAAUCCCGGGUAAUGGUGGAAGCGGAUCAGCUAGAUCUGAUUUUGCUGCUAUCAUCUUUAAUUGCAUCGAUCAACAGUUUCCCUUUUUCAUAGUCGAGUCUGAGACUGACGGAUUUGCAACACAUAAGGAUGAAAUAGUUGUGGCAGCAGAAGCUGCAUUUGAAUACAAUCGCAUUCUUGCAACUGCCUACUAUUUAUCAGAAGAUGAAGUAAACGCAACUCGUUUGCAUAUCGGCCUGAUAAAUGGAACAACCAUCCAUCUAGGUUUGAUGAAGCCGAUCUAUGAUGAAGAAAAAAAAUCUUUGAUUUAUUCCUAUGAAGCAAAUAAAUUCACUUUCAAACUUCACACUGGUAAUCAAGAGGAUGACAUCGCAAGUGCAUUGAAAUUAGUGGCAUACUUAAGGGCAAAUGUAUGUCAGGAUGGAAUAGCACUUAAAGCGUUGCUUAAUAGGAAAACAAAUAUACGCAAUGGAACGUUAUUAGCAGCUUUGCCCUGUCUUCCUAAGAGAGCUGUUAAAUCACGUCCAAAAAGUGAUACAGAAUUCACUCCUCAGACGAAAAGGGUUAGAUAUACCGAUGUUUGUUUGAAUAAUGAUGUUCAUUAG